GUAACUGGCUGCACUGCACUCCUACCUCUGAUGUGCCUUUAACAAUAUGGGUCUACAAGUUAAUGUUUCAAGGGGUUCCUUUCAACUCAGAUGAUUUCACCAACCUAGCUGGCAGUACCACCACAUCAACCCCUGUACUAGCCCAAGAGACAGAGUGUUAUGAAAAGUAGAAGGCAAGAACAAGGGGUGGAGACCAGAUUUCUGAGUGAAGAUGAAUUUAGCAGAGAUUUGUGAUAAUGCCAAAAAAGGAAGAGAAUAUGCACUCCUUGGGAAUUAUGACUCUUCUAUGGUAUAUUACCAGGGUGUCAUCCAGCAAAUCCACAGACAUUGCCAGUCGAUCAGAGAUCCAGCAAUUAAGGGCAAAUGGCAACAGGUCCGACAAGAAUUAGUUGAAGAAUAUGAACAAGUUAAGAGCAUUGUCAACACUUUGGAGAGUUUUAAAAUGGACAGACCUCCAGAUAUCUCUGUAUCCUAUCAAGAUGAGCCUUUCAGAGAUCCAGCUGUUUGGCCUCCUCCUGUUCCAGCAGAACACAGGGCUCCACCUCAGAUAAAACGUCCCAACCGAGAUGGAAAACCUUUGAAGAAAGACUCCCCAGGACUUCAGCCCCGCGGGCCCGCGGGCAGAGCACAUGUUCUGUCCAAGGGGGAGAAAUCUUCAGGCAGCCGUGAAAGGGAACCCAGAGCUAGAGGAAGAGAUGACAAGGGAAAGAAAAUACCCCAGGAAUUUGGUGAUGGGGAAAUUCCAAAAUUUGAUGGAGCAGGUUACGACAAAGACCUGAUCGAAGCUCUUGAAAGGGACAUUGUAUCAAGGAAUCCAAGCAUUCAUUGGGAUGACAUAGCGGAUUUGGAAGAAGCCAAGAAAUUAUUAAGAGAAGCUGUUGUUCUUCCAAUGUGGAUGCCUGAUUUUUUUAAAGGGAUCAGAAGACCUUGGAAGGGUGUGCUGAUGGUUGGUCCUCCUGGCACUGGCAAAACAAUGCUAGCAAAGGCUGUUGCUACAGAAUGUGGGACAACAUUCUUCAACGUGUCUUCCUCUACACUGACAUCUAAAUACAGAGGCGAGUCUGAGAAGCUGGUUCGUCUCUUGUUUGAAAUGGCACGGUUUUAUGCACCAACAACCAUCUUCAUUGAUGAGAUAGAUUCCAUCUGCAGCCGCAGAGGCACAUCUGACGAACACGAGGCCAGUCGCAGAGUCAAGUCAGAGCUGCUUGUGCAAAUGGACGGGGUAGGUGGUGCACUGGAAAAUGAUGACCCUUCCAAGAUGGUUAUGGUAUUAUCUGCUACAAAUUUUCCCUGGGACAUUGACGAAGCUCUCCGACGGAGACUGGAGAAGAGGAUUUAUAUACCUUUGCCCACAGCAAAAGGCAGAGCAGAACUACUGAAGAUUAAUCUUCGGGAAGUAGAACUAGAUCCUGAUAUCAGCCUUGAAGAAAUUGCUGAGAAGAUUGAAGGCUAUUCUGGUGCUGACAUCACUAAUGUUUGCAGGGAUGCAUCUUUAAUGGCAAUGAGAAGACGUAUUAAUGGCUUAACUCCAGAAGAGAUUCGUGCACUUUCUAAAGAAGAGCUUCAGAUGCCGGUUACCAAGGGGGACUUUGAGCUGGCUCUGAAGAAAAUCUCCAAAUCUGUUUCUGCUGCAGACCUGGAGAAGUAUGAAAAAUGGAUGGCGGAGUUUGGAUCUGCUUAAUCUCAGUGACAGCUUUCCUUUGCUGGAGUUUUAUGGUUUUUGUUGUUCUCACUUUCAAAAUGAGUUAGAAAUAUUUUUAAAGGUUUAAUAAAAGGUCUGCCUCUGCCCUCAUCCCACCCAUUUCUGGUGACAGGAUCUUUUAAGCUAUUUGCCUUUAAAGGGAAUGAACAGAAUAAUGAGCUGAUAUUGUAAAAGGUAUUUUAUCUCUGAAGUAGAAAAAUAAGACAAACGGUAAGGGAAAAAUCAUACUUCUGGGGGUAGUCUUUUUAUUUUUCAAAUGAAGAGCAGUGUUACUUAACUUCCUCCUAGUCAUUUUUUAUGACUGGAGUCAAUAAAUCAGCUGGGGCAUGUGACUCCAGAAGAACAGACAAGGGCUUGCUGUAUCCCCUGCUCUUAAGUGCUGCUUCUGCCUCCCUUGAAUGUGGCAUCCAAGUUAUUAUUCUUUCUCUCUGUGCUCAGAUAUUCAGAGCAAAGCCUGUGGAUUAAUUGGCAUUACAGAGAGGAAAUGAGAAUCAGUUUUCUAUCAAGACAUAGGCCUGACUCUCCUCUCGUGUACUUCUAUUUGGAAUUGAUGUCACUUUAGACUGUUACCAGUGUUACCUGCAAUGACUUCUGAUGGAAAUGAGAGGGAAACAAAAAGGCACGGAUUGUUCUCAGUCUGGUUUAUGCUUGUUCUCUGAACAUAGUUUGAACCUGUUUGACCAGUAGGCACUUUGACUUAGGUUAUAACUUGCACUUUUAUGCUUAUAUAUCAUCUUGUGCUUUGUCUGUGCUAUCUAAAUGUAAUUGUUAUUAUUAUUAUUAUUAUUUUAGUACUAAGAGUUUAAUACAGUAAAGACACUAAUAUCAAGGCUGUAUUUAAAACACAAGACUGUCCUUAAAACAACUGGCUGUGAACUUCCACUUCUGAUUAGAUAUGAACUUUUUCCUAGCAUUACUAGGCAAUGAGACUUGUACCUAUUUAUGUUGUAGAACUGUUCAUGCUUAAUUUUAUUUUUUUUGGUGAAGAUUUCUUAAAAAUGUAUAAAUAUUACUGCUUUAGUAAUAUUUAGAAAAUAAUCUGUAUGAUCUCAUUUAUGUUCUUAACUGUUUCUUCCCUUCCCUCAUACAAGUGCAGUGAUGAGAAGGGUUCUAAAGUCUAACAUGAGAAAUCCUCUCUAGAGUAUACCUGUCCCACUGACUAUAUGAGCUUUUCUCAGACUCAGCCUGUGAGCCUGGCACAUAGAGGUUUCCUGCAGUAGGAAUGUGGAGGAGUGGUCAAACAACCAGAUUUACAGAGAAAUAUGCAAGCUCUCAAGUUUUUUGUGAUGUUGUGAGCUAGGCCUUAAGUAUCUUGGUUGAUGUGAAUUGCCCUGCAGCUUUGCAAGUAUUCAGCUUUCUGCUGAGGCUCCUGGUGGCACAGACAGAUGUAGUGAACUGGAGUAAGAAACACACAGCACCUCUUAUUGAAUGGGAAUAUAUCCUUAUUUGCUCCUUUUUGUUACUUCACGGAAGUUCCCAAUAAUGUCAGUAAUUCAGAACACUGGUCUCUUGGGCCAUGACAUGUUAACCACUAAGGCAAAAACCUUAUAUCACAUACUCAGUUUGCUCAGGGAAGUGGUAAAAAUCACCAUCCCUGGAAGUGUUUAAAAAUGUGUAGAUAUGGCACUCAGGGACAUGGUUUAGUAUUGAACAUCUCAGUGCUGGCUUAAUGGUCUGAUAUGAUGAUCUGAGAGGCCUUUUCCAACCUUAAUAGUUCUAUAAUUCUUCCUGGGGAAUAACUGGACCUUUUUAGAAAGAAAGCUCUGAAAAUAUUGCUAUAGACUCAUUUUUUCCAUAUGAAGCUGUAGGCUGCUACAGUUGUUCUUUGUUUGUUUGUUUGACUGCAGUAGAAAUUAGUAAAGCUACACAAAUCUUUUGUGGCCAAUGCCAGAUUAGCACUAUGUGGUCUCUCACUAAAGAGGCCAUUGCUGCCCAAGGAGCUUAAUCUACACAACCAAGAUGUAGAAGGGAGUUGACAUGAAUGUCAGUAACAGCCCUACUCAGCUGUCCAAGAGUGGUGCUGAGAUUAAGCAGUUGCUGCUUAGUGGGGUCUAUGUACCUGUUUGCUCAGUUUCACAUUGCAAGCAGCAGUGACCUUCCUGCUGAUGAAAGCACAGCACUUGGUGAAAAUGUCAGUCCUUAGCUCUUUGAUGAACCUUCUACCUUAAGGCAUUAAACUUCCCUCUUGGCUAUUAAACAGAAUUCACUGUACUGGGCAUUCCCUUUAGUAGGAAUUAUUCAGGUGCUGCAGUCUUUUUCUCUAAAGGUCAUGCUUUCUACCCCAGAAAUAUUUUUACUGUACAAGUCCAUUCAUCCUUUACAGCUGCAGAACAGAAAAGUGGAAGUUUUCAGGCAGUAGAUGUUUCUGAUGGUUGUGCCCAGCAUUACUGCUGUGACUUGGGGCCUACUAGAUCGGGCACCCCAGAAGACCAAGACCAUCCCUUCCCUGCUGAGACAUUUCAGGAAGGGAGCUGUCCUCGCUUGCUGACCUUUUCAUCUUUACCAAGUCAUGCUGGCACACCCACCUGGUGUGCUUGGAGACUGGGUUAUUAACUCCAGGGGAGCCAGCAUUGGAUGCAGCAAGGAGCAACCCAGGAAGGAAGGGCAGCCAACAGUGGCAGCAGCUCAAGGCCCAAAGGAUGAGUUUAUGGCUUAAAGUAAGACCAGUUCAUGUCCCACUGAUGGAAGGCCUUUUGUAAGCAUAUUGGAUUCCUUGGAGAGCAAUGUACGAGCAUGUCACAGCCUGCUGUGACACUCUUCAAUCUGCGCCUGUUGGUGUAUGGAGAUCAUCCACACACGUGGGGAUACGCACACACAAUAGGUGGUGCUUCAGUAGUUGUACCUAGAUUACAAAAAAAACAUGUUUUAGAGCUGUGUUUACAUGUUUUCUAAACAUCUGUGAAGGCCCUCUUGGGUGGCACUGUUAAUUUUAGUACAGUACGUGAUCUGGUUGUAUGAAGUAAUAAAUGUGUCCUAGAAUCUGUCUGUCUCGCUGGAGUGGGGCUGUGAGUGCUUUGCUGCUAACUGCUUCCAAAGGCUGCCAUACAAUGUGGAUCUCUUCAGUAUGUAAUGGUGCUCUUUCACCAAUGUCCUGAAUGGAGAGCAGUUAAAGAAGAAUCUGGGGUUUUUGGAUAAAGCUGUCAGCAAUGCUUUCUCUCUAAAUUGGCCUUUUGUUGCCACAAGCUAUAAAAUGGAGAAUUCUUCAAUGCCCAGCACAUGGGAGGGAGGGUAGGGGAGAGCAGAGGCCCCAGCAGAUGUUCAGUGUUAGCACCUGAUUCAGACCUCACAGAGCCAGGCAGCAUUUUUUUAUUACUUGCCCCUGGGCUGAAAGUAUAAUCAGGCUCCAGAGAAGCUGUAUCAUCAGCUGCCUGCUAACCAGGAGAUUUUCAAGAGCAAAACUUGUAUUAGGAAGGAGCUUUCAAACUUGGAAAGAGACCCCAUGUCUCCUGAGACUGAGUUGAUUAUUUGAAUUUUCUCACUAACUUCCUUAUGAAAGAAUGGAGUUUCCAGUGCUUCAUAACGCUUCAAACAUGAAAGAGCGAGCAAGGGAAAUGCUGAUCAGGGGAUUUCAGGAGAGGUCAAAUCUUUGCAUAGAAAGUUCAGCUCACCCCAGUUUAAAAGAGACUGAAAUAGCAAAGGUGCACUGACUUGUUCUGAUCAUGGGAAAGAUGAAAGAGCUUGUGUGCCGUAAAGAAGUCCUCUAUCAAAUGAGCAAAGACUUCAUGGUACAAUCCAGGCAUGAAGAGGUGUGUAAGCAGACAAAGAAAUAGUGUUUUUUUAAAUUUUUUUAUUAUUUUUUUUGUUUUUUAAUCUGUUACGGGAAUAAACCACCCUCAGUCA